AUGGCCUCUCAAGACUACCAACAUUCCCACUGGUACUUCACUGAUCUCAGUCACAGCACCGAAUUCCAUGGCCAAGGCCUUCUCAUCAUAUUCGUCUUCUUCUUCUCCAUCAUUCUACUCAUCACCUACCUUCUCUUCACUUUCGGCUGUCGUUACCGUCAGUUUUCUUCUUCUAACUCGGCAAACCAGAGUUCUGCAUCGCAUCACGCCAUUGCAGUACCAGCUCCAUCAUCGCUAGGGCUCGACGCAUCUACCAUUCAAAGCUUUCCAAUGUUCUUGCACCGGAAAUCCUCCAGUUCUGAAGAUAACAGCAAUGUUUUCAGAGAGAACGAGUGCUCGAUAUGUCUGGGUUUGUUUCAAGAUGAUGAGAUGGUUAAGGUCUUGCCGGAAUGUCUCCAUGCGUAUCACUCGGAAUGUGUUGAUAAGUGGCUCAGUGCUCGGUCAAGUUGUCCUCUAUGUAGAUCAUCUCUAGACUCUAACUCUUCCACCGCGGCCCACCGCUAA